AUUGAUUGGUCGACACUCGACAGGGAGAUGUAAAAAAUGGCUUCCUUGCCUUCUCCUACUCAGGUGGCAGGGACCCACAGUUCUAUAUAUGAGGCCUAUUAUCACCAAGUAGACCCUAAUGGCACUGGGGCAAUACAAGCACUUGAUGCAGCUAGAUUCCUCAAGAAGUCACGACUCAGCGAUGUGGUACUUAGCAAGAUUUGGGAUCUCUCUGAUCCUAAUGGCAAAGGAUAUUUGGAUAAAGCAGGGUUAUUCGUAGCGUUGAAGCUGGUUGCGCUGGCGCAGGCAGGGAAAGAUAUAAAUAUGAGCAACAUACACUCAGAGGCACCGCCACCUAAAGUUGGUGAGCUUCCUAAAGUCCCACCACCGAGUGUUAGUCCAAUGCCAGCGAUGCCGCUGAGCGAUUGGAGCAUAAAGCCAGCAGAAAGAGAGAAAUACAGUCAGCUAUUUGACUCGCUACAGCCCAAUAAUGGAUUUAUUGCUGGUAAUAAGGUGAAGGGAGUGUUGAUGGAAUCGAAGCUUCCCUUGGACACUUUAGGCAAGAUAUGGGAUCUCGCUGACCAGGAUAAAGAUGGGAUGCUCGAUAGACAUGAGUUCAUUGUGGCGAUGCACCUAGUGUACAAGGCGCUCGAGAAGCACGCGGUCCCCACCACUCUGCCCCCUGAACUCCGCGCUCGGCCCCCUCGGCCUCCAUCACGCCCCCCUUCAAGACCCCCCUCCCGGCCCCCAUCGAGGCCUCCCUCGCCACAGCCCAGGGCGCCCCCUCGGCCACAGCCCCCUACCCAGAAUACAGACCUGUUCGAUGGACUGCUCGACUUGUCUAGUCCGCCGGCAUCGACUCCGGCGUCCUCUCAGUGGAUAUCGUCAAGCGAUCGCGUGAAGUACGACACGCAGUUCACGUCAUUGGACACGGACCGCGACGGAUUCGUGUCCGGAGCUGAGAUCCGACACGUACUGCUCGAGACUGGAUUGCCGCAAACCACUCUUGCGCAUAUAUGGGCUCUAUGCGACACCUCGAGCUCGGGCAAGUUGUCCCGGGCCCAGUUUGCGGCGGCGAUGUGUCUGGUGCAACGCUCGUUGCAGGGAACACCGCCUCCCGCAGUGUUGCCGCCCGAUUUGAUUCCCGCUGCUACUAUGGCUCCACCCGUUCCUGCUAUACAGCCGAUCCCUGAACCAGUGUCCCUUGGCCCGCAGCCGACGCCAGAAAUGGACGCCAUAGCUCGUGACGUAGACUCAUUAGCGAGAGAAAGACUUUCCCUCGAAGCAGAAGUCGCAAAUAAGCAGAAAGAGCUGACGGUUAAAACUGGCGAGGCGGAUAGCUUACAGAGUGAAUUGGACACUUUAACAGCUACUUUGAAACAGUUGGAAAACCAAAAAGGUGAAGCCCAGAAAAGGCUCAACGAUUUGAAGUCACAGGUGGAAAAACUACGAAGUCAAGUGUCAGCGCAAGAGGCGGCAGCAGCGGAGACGGAGGCUGAAGUGGCGGCGAGGCGUGCUGCUGCCAACACCCUCAAGGAGAAAGAGAGGAGCCUUCAAGAUGAGACGGCGCAAGCGCAGCUCGAAGCCGAGAAGCUCAGCGCUCAGCUCACCAGUUCCGUGCUCGCUGUCAGCCAGGCGAAUUUAAAACUGAAUCACCUGGAGGAGCAUCAUAGGGCAUUAACAGCUGCAAUAGAGGCGAUCGAUGCCGGCGCAGGUGUAAGCGUGCUCAACCUGCAACCGCAGUUCUCGAAGCAGCAUCUGCAACAGAUGGUGCGAGGUUCGGAAGACGAGGAUGAAGAAUUCUCGAAGGCAGACUUCAGUACAAUGAACGGUUCUGCCGGUUUCACUUCUGACCCCUUCAAGGACGACGCCUUUUCGUCUAAUCUUCCUUCUAACGAUCCAUUUGCGCCCUCGAAUAAUAAACCGGCGCAGGAUGGUUUCUCUAGUGAUCCCUUUGGCGGCUCUGCUGAUCCUUUCGCAGGCGAUUCCUUUGCGAGCAAUGAGACGAACAAGCAAAAUGAUGGUGCCUGGGAAUCUGACCCCUUCGCAGUGUUGCACGCUCCGACGCGAAAUUCAAAUGUUAGCAAUACUAGCAACCCAAGCAACGCUAGCAACACUGCUAAACGGCACAAGACUCCGCCCCCGCGGCCGGCACCCCCUCGCCCCAUGCCCCCGCACAAGACCGAACGCAAACCUAUCGACUUCACCGAGGACCCCUUCAAAGACUACCGUUACGAAGACCCGUUUAACAUCGAAGACCCCUUCGCCGACGUCAACGACAAAAAAGCCGAUCCGUUCGGCCGCCCGACUUCUGUCCCGGGUUUCGAGAAAGACGACUUCUUCUCUGCCUCUUCGAAUUUAAACGGAACCUUCUCGAAGCCGGAGCGAAUUAGCGGACGAGUAUCGGCGCCUCCCGUCGCCUACGACCCGUUUUCGAAGCCCACCACUAAUAAUGACUCCUGGGCGGCCUGGCCGAACGAUAGCUGGGCGGCCGACGAUGCCUGGUCUAAACCGGCCCCUCCCAAACCGGAUGCUUGGUCUUCAUCCUCCACAAAUCUGAAUUCAAAAUCUGAUAACUGGGAAAAUAAUACCGAUAAUUGGUCGAACAAAACCGAUAAUUGGUCAAACAAAAACGAUAAUAGGUCGAACAAAACCGACAAUUGGUCAAACAAAACCGAUAAUAGGUCGAACAAAACGGACAAUUGGUCAAACAAAACCGAUGAUUGGUCCGCUAAAACAGAUGACUGGGCGACCGAUUGGGGGACUGAUAAAAACAAAAAUCUAAACGAAACGUGGCCAUCAAACACCUUACCGAGUAAGAAAGAGAAGUCCCCCAAACCAGUGAAAUACGCUAAAUCUCUCGUCCACACGAUUGGUGGGAUCGGCCGAACGAAGCAGAAAGAUAAGAAGAAGUCGAACGAGGCUAAAAGUGUGGAUAACCUUCCUACCGAAGAGCAGCAAUGGGCGUGGGCGGCCGCCGAAUCCAAGCGCCUGGAGAGCGAGGUGGAAGCCAGGAGGCGGCAGGAAGACGCUGAAUUGCAGCUGGCCCUGGCCAUAUCCAGACAAGAGAAGUGACCUCGAAGGGGGCCCUCGAGGUGGCCUCGAUUUCGGUAGCUGCAGCUCGGUGAAGGGCCGAGGUCCGUUCCGUCGAGCGGUCGGUUGUGCAACGAUUUGGACUUAUCUUGCCUUAGAUUGGGACCCUUACGAAUAAAACGUUGGAAAUAUAUCCAAGAUGCAUUCCACAGUAUUUGGCUUUAGAUGUAGGAUCCACUAGUCAUAUUGUUUAUUGUCACGGCCGGUUAAUGUAAGUAAUAUUCUUUAGGCCUAAUUCUGUUGUAGCCUUUAAGUCCGUGUUGUAGCUAGAAUAUAAAGAUAUUUUUCAACUACAAUUAUUAGUUACGUGCGUAGUUUUCAUGUAAAAAUUAUUUAUUGAUUAGAUGGAUUGUAUCCAACAGAUUGUAUUUUGUUUAAAUCGUCCUUUAGAUAUUAUGAACCUAUUGACGAGAAACAAAAUAAUAUGAGACACAUUUAUUAUAAUUGUUUUGUAUAUAAUGAAUAUUGUAUAAAUUGCGUCUUUAUUGACAUGGUACUUUGUCUAAUUAAUUUUAUAAUAGGAAUCCCAGUUAAGUCGUUUGGGUAAAAAGUUAAUGCGCUUGUUACAAAAACAUUAGCAAAAACGUUUUGAGUGUAUAAGUAAUCCUUUUCUGGAAGAUUUUCCUUUAAUAUACCGUAAUUUGAUUUAUUUUGAGGCUGGGGUAUACGAAUUUUUUUGUUUAUCUGAUUUAUUAAUACGUAUUUAAUUUGGAAUUAUUAUAAGAUAAUGAAUGAUUGCGGUAAUUUAUUUAGAUUUUUCUUAAAUGAAAAGGGCCAGCUGCGUUAUUUUUUUCAUCUUCCAUCAUCAUCGUAAAAAAUCUUGGUACCGAUUAAUUAUUGGAUUUUAAUUUUUGUAUAUUAACUUAUCAAAUAUUUACGAGAGUUCCAAAUAAUACGUCUUCGAAUAUUUGUAUGAGAAAUUUAAGUUGGGCGUUUUUGAAACAAAUAUUUGACGUAUUUUAUGACCCGAUGUCUUGUUUAUGUAUAUCUCCUAUUAGUAUUAAACGCUAAUCAGAUAUUUAAGACAAUAAAUUACUUUCCGAGUUUUAUGUUUAAACCAGAAAUCAAUAGAGCUUAAAGAAAUGGUAGAAGUCAUAGUUAACAACAUGGCAGAUGGUUGUCCCUUUCUAAAAAGAUACGAGUAAACGAGAUAUCAUCAUUCAUAGCUAUUGGUUCGAUAUAUCUUUAAAAUACGCAAAAUAUAUACAAAUAUCGCAUAGAUGAGCGGUUGUUAAUCUCGAGUCUCCCAAUAUAAUCGUUAAUCUCGCUAAAUGUAAGCUGUGGAUAAGAGUUGAUGCGUUCACUUUGUUAAUGUUGUCUUUUCAUACCAGAAUGGUAGUCGCUGAACAAGUUCUAGGCGUCUUCCUCGAAUUUGUAGUGCUAAGGGUAUUCAAAGAUCCCUUAAUACAGAAAAUGUUGAUACCAAAUAUUUAAAGUGCGUAAAGUAAAAAUGCCUAGAAAUCGUUCGGCUACAGCUUAGCUAUGUAGAUCACGCUUAUGUGCGCACGAGCCGUAAGCCGUCUGGUACAAUAACUAUUUUAGUACUGCACGCUUGCCGGGACACGACCAAACGAACAUCGGGCACGUGUCUCCGCAAGCCUAGUUGUUAGGAUAAUUGUAAACUUUGUAACUAUUGAAUACCGUGUUUAUGGGUACUAUUCUAAUAUUGUUAUCUCUUUCUUAGGCUGUUGUUUGAAUUCGGACCGCGUGGAUGUAUUAUUUAGAGUUGCAGGUAUUAUGUUAUCGAGACAAUUUAUGUUCAGAUCCACGUGGCCCGAUCGAUCCUUGUCUGUUAUAAUCUUUCAAUAAUAGCAAUUAAUAUAUUAUUUCUCGACGUUGAAGUGUAUAUGUGUAUCAAAAGCUAUAUAUAAUAUAGAUAUAAUUAUUAUAAUAAAGGUAACGCUGAGGUGUCCAUGCAUUACA